UACGAAUCCAUGAAAUUCAUUCCACAAAUAGAUUCAUUUUCUGUUCAGCUUGUUUCUUAUAGCAAUUUAUCGAAAACGGGACGAUUAUUCGAGCCGUUAAUUACGAUCCAAUUGUCCUUUCAUUUCUGUUAACCGCUUCUAUACAUAACGUUUGCACGUGUACAUGUUUUAUAUGUGUAUACUGUCAUUCGUAGUACUGAACGUAACCUUGAAAAGCCCACCCUCGGAGCAUAGGUUCAAUCGUAGCGGGUGAAGUACCGCUUUGUUGCUAUUUAUGCUGAAUUAAGAAAUCAUAUUGUUACUUCCAAUCGGAAACCGUAAUCUUUGAUAAAACAUAUUCAUGAAAAAUCGAGAAAUUAUCGAGAAGUGACGUUCGGUUGUUGGUGUAGUAAGGUGCAAGGUUAGGAAAGAGCACGAAAGUUUCAUUGGAAAAGCAGAAAAAUGUUCUUAAGAAUUUAGGCGGUAAAUGCCGCUGUUACGUGUCACAAUUGUUUUGUUGAAAUCAGUAUGGUGCAACGCUCAGUCGCGCUUAGGCGCAACGUCAGGAUUCUAUUAAUUGGUGAUCGUGGAGUCGGCAAGACUUCUUUGAUCUUAUCAUUAGUCAGUGAAGAAUACGCUGAGGAUGUGCCCUGUAAAGCGGAAGAAAUCACUAUCCCAGCUGACGUUACACCGGAACAAGUACCAACGAACAUUGUAGAUUAUUCAGCCGCUGAACAAACUGAAGAUCAGUUAACUGAUGAAAUUCAGAAAGCACAUGUAAUUUGUGUUGUUUAUUCUGUGGUCGAUGAGGAUACUUUAGACAGAGCAGUUACGUAUUGGUUACCAUUGAUUAGACGAUGUUUAACAGAUCAUCGUUGUCCAGUUGUUCUUGUGGGAAAUAAGAUUGAUCUUGUUGACUAUUCUACUAUCGAGGCUGUAUAUUCUAUAAUGAAGGAAUUCACUGAAAUAGAAAGUUGUAUAGAGUGUUCCGCCAAAACAUUACAGAACGUUUCAGAAACUUUUUAUUAUGCACAAAAAGCUGUUUUACAUCCUACCACACCACUUUAUAAUUAUGAUACCCAUGAGCUUACAGAAGAAUGUAAAAUUGCACUACAAAGAAUUUUCAAAAUAUGUGAUUUAGACAAUGAUGGCUUGCUAAAUGAUAUGGAACUAAAUACAUUUCAACAAUGGUGCUUUAAUAUUCCCUUACAACCACAAGUUUUAGAGGAUGUGAAGGCUGUAUUAUCAAAAAAUAUUCAGGAUGGCAUUUGUUCUGGAUGUGUUACUCUGAAAGGUUUUAUGUAUCUUCAGUGUUUAUUUAUACAAAGAGGAAGAAAUGAGACUACUUGGGCUGUGUUAAGAAAAUUCGGUUAUGAUAAUGAGUUACAGAUGUCUAAAGAAUACAUAUAUCCACUAUUAAAAGUUCCUGUUGGAUGUACGACUGAAUUAUCACAUAAAGGACAGGAAUUUUUAACAUUGUUAUUUCUACAACAUGAUCGAGAUCGCGAUGGUGCUCUUUCUCCAUCGGAAAUGGAAUCGUUAUUUUCACGAUGCCUAAUGCCACCUUGGGGAGAUGAAUAUAAAUAUACUGUACCUACUAAUGAAAAAGGAUGGAUUACACUUCAAGGGUAUAUGUGUCAAUGGGCGCUAUUGACUCUUACAAAUGUGCGAAAAGCAUUAGAAUAUAUGGCAUAUCUAGGUUAUAACAUGUAUAAUAAUGAAUGUCAGACAAAUGCGAUUCUAGUUACUCGUGAAAAAAAGUUAGAUUUGGCAAAAAAGCAAUCUAGCAGAAAUGUCUAUAGUUGUCAUGUAAUUGGCCCAAAAAGUAGUGGAAAGACAACAUUAUGUAGAACGUUUAUUGACCCUAAACUUGAGGUAUACGUGCUUAAAUUGACCAAUGAAAUGGUACCGCCAAGUUCACAUGUUACUGUAAAUACAGUACAUGUGUAUGGUCAGGAAAAGACAAUAAUUCUGCGAGAUAUAAACAUACUAAAUGUUCAGGAUGCUUUAACUCCAGCACAAAUUCAGUGUGAUGUGGCAGCUCUUGUUUACGAUGCUAGUAAUCCUAAAUCGUUUGAAUAUAUUGCACGGAUUUACAUUCAUCUUUUCCAGAAAUAUUUUGCAGAUAGUAAGAUCCCUGUUCUCAUAAUAGCAAAUAAGAGUGAUCUGUCUGAAGUAAAGCAAGAUUACUUGCUACAGCCAAUAAGUUUUUGCAAUAAGUACAAACUGAUGCCACCGCAACCAUACAGCAUCUCCCGUACAGUACGACGUGAAAUCUUCGUUAAACUAGCGACAAUGGCAGCUUUCCCCCGCUUUCAAGGAGCAUGGGUAUUAUUUUACAGAGACAGUCCUUUGAGGCGAAUGGUCCACAUGUUGCUUGUCAAACCCUCACCCACUCAGUGGUGGAGUUCUUUUACAAGACAUAUAAAUCAAUUUGGAUUAUUACAAGGGGAUUCGAUGGUCUGGUGGAAAGCUGGUCUUGGAAUUGCGGUUGCUACCGUCGCAGGUUUUGUGGUGAUGCGUGUCUUAAAUACAGAGAAAAGAUAGUCUACCAUAUUCCUUUUCUUGCACAUUUAACUGCCUCUUUUGGUCGAGUAUAAAGCCGUCUUUGAGAAACGCGUUAAGUUAAUAAACAAUGUUCUUAAAUCAUUAAUUUCUUAUAUGUCCUUGAUUACUUCAUUACGAGGAUCAGAGCUUCUUAUUUAUAAUGUUAUUCUCUUUAAUGUAUCAUUUCAUCUGAUCAAUUAAUUUUGUUGUUUGUAUACAUUCUGACAUUUCAUCCAUGUAUCAUGAUAAGCUUUGCAUGUAUCCAGACCUUCACUUCUUGAAGCGCAUUCGAAGAAUUCUCGUAUUUCGGAAAUACAUAAUUCUUGUGUGUUUGUAGAAUUAUUGUUAAGAACGGCUUUAGCAGGAGAUUCAUGUCCUACAUUGCUAGCAAGUGCGCUUUCGAUUGCUUGACCCUUGUAUGAAUCAUUAAUUUAAUUUGAAGUGAUUAAUUAUUAAUUUCUAAAGGAAAAAAGCAAGCAAUAAUAUUAGUACUUACCAUAACAGGGCCAGCUGCAACUUCAGCUGCUGUACUAGCAGCAGAUUGAAAAGCAAAGGAUUGAUUAUUGUUAUUUGUCCAUAAUUGGGAUGAUGAAGCUUUUGCCUUAAAUCUAUAUAUAUAUAUAAUUUAAAUUACAAAAAUCUAAAGAAAAUUAUUUUCUAAUAUAAUUGUGUUAUAUGUACAUCAUGUAAAAAUUAAUGUUUUAUUUUACAUUUUUUGUCUUAUCUUUAAAAUUAUUACUUUAUCACAUAUAUAUACAGAAAAAGGUUCAAUCAAAAUGAAUAACAAUCAUAUAAACAGGAAUCAAAUUUAUUUUAAUUUAUUUCACUUGCAUACAUGUAUACAUUUUAACCAAUUUAUAUAAGCAGCGAUUAAAAUAAUUCUAGUUCAUGGUAAAUACAGAACCCAAAUUUUUAUGAGA